CUAGAGCUAUCUGUAUAUACUUUUCGAUUUUAAAUCAUUCGUAUAAAUCCGUUUUUAUUCUGUCAAUGUUUUUAUCCCGAGGGUGAUUGCCAAAUGCGGUAAUUCAAAAGUUGCUUUUUUUACCCCACAUAAAUUUUCGAGCAUAAAUAUAUAUACCGACAAGAUUAACUAAAAGGAUCGAUCGAUCGAUAGAUAGAUAACUUUAUAAUUACAAUUACAAUAGUUAUAAGAUCUUAGUAUGGCUACUGAACCAGACGUCACUGAGGUGAGACAUCCUAUUGAUCAAGAUAGACUUGUCAAAUAUUUAACAUCAGUUACUUCCACCACCGAAGGAACUACGUUAGGACCUAAUGUACCAACUUAUUUAAAUCAACUUAAAAAUAUUGAUAUUAAACAAUUUUCCUUUGGUCAGUCGAAUCCAACUUAUUACAUCAAAGAUAAGGAUACUGGGAAAGUCUUCGUAUUGAGAAAGAAACCAUCACCAAAUGCCAAAUUAAUCUCCAGAUCAGCUCAUGCUAUUGAACGUGAAUUCUUCAUGUUAAGAGGAAUAAAUAUCUUAAAUAACGAUCAACAAGAUAUAACAAGACGAGUUCCUAUUCCUCAAGUUUAUAUCCUUUGUGAAGAUGAAAGCAUUAUUGGUUAUGUGUUUUAUGUCAUGGAAUACGUCAAUGGGAUUCAAAUUAAAAAUCCUGCUAUGCCUGGUAUACCCCUUGAUGAUCAACAUCAAUAUUGGAAAUCAUUAAUUAAUACUAUGACGGCUAUACAUACCUUAGAUGCAGUGAAAUUAAUCAGUCAUUUACCUGCUAGUCAUUUCCCUCAAUUCCAAAACCUUGAUAAAUUAAAGAAUUCAUCAUAUUUUCAAAGACAGAUCAAGACAUUGAAAGCAAUUGAAGCCAAACAAUCCACUUUCGUCAAAAGAAUUCCUAAUUUUGAUCAAUUAUGUGAAGAUAUCUUAAGAUUAAGUCCUAAAGAUCCAGAACAUCUAAGUUUAAUUCAUGGAGAUUUAAAAAUUGAUAAUGUCUUAUUUGAUCCCCACACCAAAUCAGUUAAAGGAGUCUUAGAUUGGGAAUUAUGUACCAUUGGUCAUCCAUUAUUCGAUUUAUCCAACUUUUUCCAGCCAUUCAACUUACCAAAUAAGCUCAACUUAUUACUUUACAAACCACAAAAGACAGAUAUGGGGAAGGAAAACAAAGGAUCAAUUCAAUUCAUUUAUGAACAGUUAAAUAACUAUAAUGACAAAUGUACUUGGGAUACAAGAGAUCCUACUAAUAAUCCAAUAAAUCUUUGGUUAAUUGGUUUUGCAUUUGGUCUUUUAAGAUUAUGUGUUAUUUCUCAGGGGAUUGCUAUGAGGGUUAAACAAGGUAAUGCCAGUAGUGGUAAUGCCAGCGGUUAUGCUGCAUUAUAUCCAUACUUGGCAAGUUUGGCAACUGAAGCUAUUGAUGAAUUUGAAUCAAAUUCAAGAACAACUUCAAAACUUUAAAUGAUGGUGUAUAUAUGAUUAUAUGUUUAUUGAUGUAUAUUUAUAUAUAUAUAAAUUAUAUUUACAACAAAAACCGAAUUUGGCUGUCAAAAAAUAAAAAAACUA